AUGGCGUCGUCCUCAUCAACGCGGCUCACACGGACACUCCUGUCGCCGCGCUGGGCGCAGACGCGAUGGCUGUGCAACUCGACCGCUCGGCACGACUCGUCCUCGCGCCAGCCACCGAGUCACGCUGAAGGCGGUUUGACAGGAUCGGACAAGCUCCUCGCGGACGCGCUUCGGUUGGAGGCAGAAGAAGAAGCGGCGCUAUCCAAAACUUCGCGGCAGCCCGAUCCCAACGAUCCAAUAUGGACCGGCGAAGAGCGUGUACAGGAUACAGUCCUGCGUAUGGUCAUGGACAAGUACAAACCUCUUCGUAUCCCGCGUGCUUCCGAUGAGGGCAAUGCCGCGGAUGAAAAGAUCAAGAACGGCAUUCAAACCCCCUCCACCCCAUUCACCGAAUCCACCACUGGUGACGACGAAGAGACGUUUCGGAUGUACCUCCCACCGGGAAAGGCAGGUGCACACGAAGACGGUCGGAAACUACCCAAAACGCCCAACGCCAAACCGUGGCGCGCAGUCUACGUUCGACCCGCCCACCUACUCGGUGGGAACGCGGAAGAGGAGUUCAAACCGAGCAUCUACUAUGGGCAAUUCAUCAAGAGUCACAACUCGGAUGUGAGGGGGAAGCUCCAAGCUGCUGGGGUCAACGUGGGGGUGAUGGACGAUCCGAAGAAGUUGAGUGCCUUGCGACAGGGGUUGAAGGUUGCCGAGCGACGAGGGAAGUUGUUGCGUGCACGGGAGAGCGUGCUGGACUACCAACUGCGAUCUUCCUCGUCACCCUCCUCUUCGGACCCCGACGACCACACUGAUCAAGCGCAAGAAUUGAAGGGUGACGAACUUUCCGAUACGAACCGCAACCUCCAGUUGCAACUAGGUCACGCCCAGGGAUGGGAUAGCGUCAUCGAACGCCGUAUCAAGGCCGCCCUCGACUCUGGUGCGUUCAAGGAAAACAAACUUCGGGGUAAACCCAUCCAGCGCGAUAUGGAGGAGAAGAACCCCUUCCUAGCGAGGGAGGAGUACUUUAUGAAUCGCAUCGUCAAACGUCAAGGUGCGGCGCCACCGUGGGUCGAGUUGAACAUGGAGUUGGAAACCGAGCUGGCUGGGUGGCGAGGGAGAUUCGAUGAAGGAUGGGUACGAAGGGCGUCUAGGAUGAUCAUCACUUCGUCGCUCCGGGAUGGAUUGGAACCACUACCACUCACUUCUCACUCUGCGGAGGCGAUACCGCCAGCGAGGACCACGGGAGAAGCACGUCUGGUCGAGGUGGCGACAAGAUAUCGCGACGCAGAGUGGGAAACCCGCGAACGAAGCUAUCACGCACACGAGGUGAAACGGCUCAACGACCUGGUGCGGAGACACAACCAUCUAGCGCCUUUCACGGCGAGAAAGGGGCUGAUGGUGCUCGACGUCGAACUGGCGGCCAUGUACAAGAGGACGCUGCCGAAGCUCGUGUAUGAGGUGUCGCGGUUGUUGACGCAGCAGACGACGGGGGAGGGGGCGAGGAAGGAGGGUUGGGAUGCAGGUGUGGAGCGUGGCGGCGUGGUUAGCUACGAUAUGUGGGGGAGGGAGGUCAGGCAGGAUGCGGGGAAGAUUGAAGCGAAAGAGAGGGAGAGGUGGUUGGAUGGGUGGCUCGGAAACGGUGUGAGUGGGGGCGGAGAAGCGAAGGCGGGGGAGGGUGGGGAGGCGAGGUCGGGAGACGCGGGGAGGGACGAAGGCGUGCAGAAGCUAGGGCUGGUCGAGGCGAUACAGAAGAGUUUGGCGUGGGCGAGGGAGCGUCUGGUUCGUGCUUGA